AUGAUUUUACAUGAGAUUUCCUGUUUUCGUGAUGAGGUGUCUUCACAAAUGACUCGAUUACGCGACGAUGUAUCCUCUCAGAUAACUCGAUUAGAGGAUCGUCUGACUCGUUUGGAGGAAAUCGUCAUGAGUACAUAUCUAGCCCCUAGUCGAGGAGAUAGACAUGACGGUGUCAGGACGACCUCUCCUAUUGAUAGGUCAAUUCCAUCCCAUCAGCCACAUAAGGGUAGUCGCCACGAGGGGAUAUCGGUUGAUGCUUCUAUUACAUCAUCUCUCCGAUUUGAGAAGAUUACAUUUAACCAGGAACUAAGUAAACAGACUCUUAAAGGGCAUAUGGAGAAACAAAUCGUCGAAAAGUGCCGAAAAAGACUCUGGUUAGUCAUCCUUUUUUCCAUUGUUUUCAGCUUGGUGUUGUUUUUCCUUGAUGAUUUCGCUGUAAUCAGUGAAAAAAUUGGAUCUACAGAUUUAGUUAUCAACUUUGGUAACAGCAUGAGUUCUCAAUUAGCUACAGGCAAUGUCACAAGGUUUGUUAACAAUGAAACAAAUCAUGAUCCAUGGAGUAAGGAAGAGAUAAUGAAAAAUAUAUCUCAUCAUGUAGCAGAUUCAUGUAUAGCCCAAUACAUUUAUAUUCAUGAUCUUCCAAGCCAUUUCAACGUCGACAUUCUUAAGAAUUGUCGAAAACUUAACAAAUGGUUCGAUAUGUGCCCGCUUAUAAGGAACUCGGGUCUUGGUCCUCGAGUGAAGAAUCAGAAAGGAAUUUUACAAAAAAAUGGUUGGUAUUCGACCAAUCAAUUCAUGUUAGAAGUAAUAUUUCAUAACAGGAUGAAGCAAUAUAAAUGCUUAACGAGUAAUUCAUCGUUAGCUUCUGCAAUUUAUGUACCUUUUUAUGCUGGUCUUGAUGUGGGUCGCUAUCUUUGGGAUUACAAUUCUACUGUGAAAGAUUCUUUGGCUAUUGAAAUGGCGAAGUGGGUCGCAGCAAAACCUGAAUGGAAGAGAAUGUGGGGUAGAGAUCAUUUCUUUGUCGCCGGUAGAGUUGCUUGGGAUUUUCGAAGAGAAAAUGAUGCCAAUUCAGACUGGGGUAGUAAGCUUAUGUGUUUGCCUGAAUCUAUGAACAUGACCAUUUUGACAAUUGAAACAACUUCGUGGAGCAAUGAAUUUGCUAUACCAUACCCCACAUAUUUUCAUCCUUCAAGUGAUAGUAAAGUGCUUCAAUGGCAAAACAAAGUGAGAAAUACCAAAAGGAACUAUUUGUUCUCUUUUGUAGGGGCACCUAGGCCUUAUAACGAUUCAAUUAGAGGUGAGAUUAUUAGCCAAUGUCUAUCCUCAAGGAGACUUUGCAAGCUUCUUGAUUGUUCUUCUGAUUAUAAAGUAUGUGACAAUCCAGUUGAAGUGAUGAAAGUAUUUCAAGAUUCAGUAUUUUGCCUACAGCCACCAGGCGAUUCGCCCACUAGGCGAUCAACGUUCGAUUCAAUUCUAGCGGGGUGCAUUCCAGUUUUCUUUCACCCGGGUUCCGCUUAUGCUCAAUAUAUAUGGUAUUUACCCAAGAACUACACAAAAUAUUCAGUGUUUAUUCCAGAGAACGGCCUAAGGGAUAGGAGAGAAAGUAUCAAUGAUACUUUGCUUAGAUUUACUGAAGAAGAAAUUUUAAGUAUGAGAAAUGAGGUAAUAGGACUAAUUCCAAAAAUAGUUUAUGGAGAUCCGUGGGGGAGUAAGAACAAGGAGUUUGAAGAUGCAUUUUCCAUUGCAGUUAGAGGAGUUCUUAAAAGGGUUGAGGAAGUUAGGAAGAAAAUGAAAGAUGGGAAAGAUCCAAGGAUCGGAUUUGCAGAAGAGAACAGUUGGAAAUUAAAAUUAUCCGGAACAUUUGAAGAACACAAUUUACUUCAAUUUUAUUAA